CAAGCGUCAUCCAAUCCGCGUGAAACAAGACGGAGCGAGAGGCGGAGAUAUGCGCGUGCACCGUGUGCAUGCGGAAGAAGACGGCGACCCUAUUUGGCCGUUAGCUUUCACCUCCUCCAAAGACGAGUCAUUUCCGCGGUUCUGGUGCAGUUGAAUCUCGCUUAUUUGUGAACCCCCCCCAGUGUUGAGUAGCACCAUCAGGAUGUCCAGCCACUUUCGUCAUUUCCUCGUCCUUCUGCUGAUGCUGCUGAGUGUGGGAGUCUCUGCGGUGGAAGUACAACGUCCCCGCGGUGUCCCUUUGUCCAAACGUGAGUUCUAUGAAGAAGGCAAACCCUUUACUUGCCUGGAUGGCUCUCACACUAUUCCCUUUGAUAGAGUGAAUGAUGAUUACUGCGACUGCCAGGAUGGCACGGAUGAGCCAGGCACUGCUGCUUGUCCCAACGGCAGUUUUCACUGCACCAACGCAGGUUUCCGACCAGCCUUCAUCCCAUCUUCGCGCAUUAAUGACGGCAUCUGUGACUGCUGUGACACAACAGACGAAUACAACAGCGGUGCAGCCUGUCAGAACACAUGCAGGGAGCUGGGGCGCAACGAGAAGGAGAGCCUGCGCAAGUUGGCAGAGAUAGCUAAAGAGGGAUUUCUGCUCAAACAGCAGCUUAUCCAUGAAUCCAAGAGAGGCAUAGAGGACAAGAAGACCAAACUUGAAGAGGUUCAGGUCAGUAAGAAGGAGCUGGUGGACAGAGUGGAAGCUCUGAGAACUGUAAAAGAGACUGCAGAGCAGCCAGAGAAAGAAGCUAAAGACCACCAUCUACAGGCCUGGGAAGACCAAAAAGCUGUCAUUCGUAUGGAGAAGGACAAGGGGAAAAUGGCUGAGGUGUUUCUUGAGCUGGAUGAUGACGCAGAUGGUUUUGUCUCGGUGUCUGAGCUUCUGUCCCACUCUGAGCUGGAUCCAGAUUCAGAUGGUCCGUUCACUGAAGAAGAGGCUCAGGUGAUAUUGGGCAGUGUGGACAAAGUGGACACAGUAGCAUUUGAGACUAUUUGGAGUAACAUCAAAGAAAAAUACAAAUCAGAGGCCACCACUGACACUUCACCACCAGUGGAGCCUCCACAUGAGGAGACAGGGGAACCGGUCUCCGACAAUGACUCAGAGUCGUACCCUGAAGACGACAUCCCCGAGGAGGAAGAGGAGGACGAUGAAGAGGACGAAGACGACGACCAAGAUGACGCAGACUACAAGACCCCUCCCCCGGUGACGACUCCAGAAAAAAAGAGCGAUGACGACAAUGAGGGAACUAUGCCUCCCUACAACCAAGAAACGCAGAACCUCAUUGACUCUGCUCAAAAAGCCAGAGACGAGUUUGAUGAGGCGGAGAGAGCUCUCCGGGAAGUGGACGAUCAGAUUAGGAACCUUGAGAAGGAGAUUUCCUUUGACUUUGGACCCAGUGGGGAAUUUGCUUAUCUCUACAGCCAGUGCUAUGAGUUAUCUACCAGCGAAUACAUCUACAAGCUGUGCCCGUUCAACAGAGUGUCCCAGAAACCCAAGUACGGUGGAUCUGAGACGAACCUGGGAUCGUGGGGGAAAUGGGCAGGUCCCGAAAAUGACAUUUACGCUUUGAUGAAGUACGAACAUGGAACAGGAUGCUGGCAAGGUCCAAACAGAUCCACCACAAUUAAGUUAAUAUGUGGAAAGGAGACAGUUUUGACGUCGACAUCGGAGCCCAGUCGCUGUGAGUACCUGAUGGAGUUCAUCACUCCUGCCGUGUGUCACGAGCCUCCAAGUCUGGACUCUCUUCAUGAGCAUGAAGAGCUCUAAGUCCAUUUUACCUAAAACAGGGACAGUCAGAGCUGCAUGAUGUGAAGCUUUAGUAUUUCAUCAUUUUGUUGAGAAGAAAAUCCCCAUGUGCAGACACAGCUUCACUUAGAAGAAGAGCAGGACAGCAACAAGAGCCAAGGUAACGACCGCUUCAUUUGUCAUAGUUGUUAAGAGGAUUAAGAUUUAAUGGAUGAAUGGAGGACUAUUUACUCAGUAUGGGUGAGACUCUUCUAGGUUGUUUUUGUUUUCCUUUGGAUCAGUAAAUAGGUUUUGCAGUAGGGCUGGGAUGAUGCAGUGAUAAAGGUUAUCAAAAGAAACCACUUGGUUUUGCUUUUUAUUCAUUUUCUUUUUGUAAAAUAAAUAGGACAGACACCAAAACAGAGUAGGCAUGGGAAGAUAUGAACAUUUUGUGUCACGAUAAUACUGAAAAAAGUCUGUACUUGUACCUACUUAAAAAUAGAUUUUAUAUAUUUGUUUUUAUUCUUAAAAUCUAUUCUUAAUCUCUGGAUUAUUUCCAAACUUCAAAAUGAUGCUCUCAAAUGUCUUGUUUUGUCCACAAAAUGAAAAUUAAUUAAUUGGAAUGAUUUCUUCAUUUAUAUGGAGCAAAAUAAACCAGAAAUUAUUCUCAUUCAAGAAGAUUAUGAAAAAUCAGUGAGCAAUCAAUUGUUCGAUUAAAAGAUUAAUUGUUGCAGGUCUACAUGGAAUGAUUGAAAAUUAACCGGCGCCCCCCUGUGACAUUUCAAAUUAAAUGACUAUGGCUGUAUGUUGGCAAGCUAGCCAUCAUAUAUAUAAUAAGUCGCUCAGGUGAAAUGUUAUUGAUUUUCUCCAAUGAUCCAGAUUUUCUGGUUUCUUUGCUCGAUGUAACAAAGAAACCAUUAAACUGAAUCAUUUUUAAACAUUUGUGGACAAAGUAAGUGUUGUUUGGGAAAUACUGAUCAAAAUCUGACAUUUUGUGGACUAAAAAAUCGACAGAUGAAUCGAUCAUGAAAAUAAUCGUUAGUUGCAAAGUGGUCACAUGUCUUGUGUAGUUAUAUUGUGUAGUCCUAUUAUAAUGCUCGUCUGCUGACAUGAGUCACCUUGUUUAGAGGCAGUGUAUGCCUGAUAUUCUCCUGCAGAAUGAGUUUAUAUUACAUGUAGUUUCUCUUGACAUCAACACAGAUUAUAAAAGGCUCCUGUAACUCAGUAUUCAUCCUGUAAUCUUCACUUUAAGUGUUUUAUUUUAAGGUUUGAUAGUGAUACUGAAAAACGCUGAUGGUGUAAUGACGACUUAAAACUAUUUAAAGAAGUCUAGCGUUGUUGCCACUGACCUCAAAAACAAGCAGUACAUCACCGCUGCUUAUUCUUCAGAUGAUAAACCUCCGGGGAUUAAUCGCUAACUAAAUUGCCCUUCAUCUUAAACAACUCGGAAUCACGACUCGAGCAAACAAGCCACCUGAAAAUGUGACUACGUGACCUGCUUUUUCUCCU